AUGUUUCUUUUGAAAAUAAUUGUAAUAAUAAUUUUUAUAAAAUACAAUGUGGUUAAUUGUUUGCUAAAAAGUCCAUGUAAUAACAGUAGCUUAAGAAACAAUAUAAUUUCUGAAAGAAUAUGUAAUAUUAAAUUACCUACGUUAAGUUAUAAAAAUAUAUUAUUUAAUCGACAUGGAAAACGAAGAAAUAUGAAUUCUUCUCUUUUCAUUCAAUUUAAAGAGAAAAAAAAAUUACCACAUCUUUUAUGCUUUCAUAGUAAGGAUUGUGAAUAUUGUAAUAGCAUGGAAAAAUUAUUAACACGAUUAAAAGAAGAAGAACAAGUUCAUAUUUUAAAAUUAGAAAUGUAUGAUAAUUCAUAUAAUUUUGAAUUAUUACAACAACUAGAUUAUAAUAAUUUAUGUGGAGGAUUACCUUAUUAUUAUAAUUUAAAAACACAUUAUAAUAUAUGUGGAGCAACAACAUAUCAUAAUCUAAGAAACUGGGCAAUAGACAAAAAAUGCAACCCAAACGAACCACCAAACGAAGAGUUUUAA